AUGAUUAAACAACAGCAACCACAGCAACUUAAGGCACAAAGCACCCAGGUCCUUCAGACCAUUACAUACGCCAUAUAUGCAUAUAAUUCAAAGACGGCAGAACAAACGCAAAGGUUGAAAUAUGGAGAUUUGGAGAUAGUAUUGAAAAAUGAGCGUUUCGAAUUCGUUUGCAAAGGUGGUGCAGUGAUAUCAAAUAUAAAAGAAAUUUUAUUUAUGAAUUCAAAAAUUAAAGGAAUAACGGAUGAUAUAACAUCAAUUCCACCAGAAGAACAAAGAUAUUACGCAUUAAAUGCAUUUCCUAAAGUUUUGAAGAUUGGAAGAUUUAAUUUAAAUGAGGAAUUCAUAAAAGGUUUCCUAAAUGACAUAAUGAAGAAAGUAGAUAAGGAAUAUGUGGCUAGUGAGUUAAUGAAGAAAGCAGAUAAGGAAUAUGUCAACAGUGAGUUAGAGAAGAAGGUAGAUAAGGAAUAUGUGGCUAGUGAGUUAGACCUUAAAGCGGAUAAGGAAUAUGUUAAUGAAAAAGAUAAUGAAAUUAAAGAAAGGGUUGAAUGGUAUCAUGAAAGGACAUCAAAGAUUUUAAAAACUAAAGCUGAUACAGGAUGGGUUUCAGGAUGUUUAGACCUUAAAGCAGAUAAGGAAUAUGUCAACAGUGAGUUAGAGAAGAAGGCAGAUAAUGAAUAUGUUAAUGGAAUAUACCAAAGUUUGAUAGGAACAACUAAAAAUAUUGAAACUAUUGUUGGUGACUUUUCUGUCAAUGAAGAAAAUAAAUAUUUUAGAUGGCAGUUUGUACAGUCCUUAAGAAAUGGUAUGCGGUGGAAACUCAUUCCGAAAAAUAACAAUGAAAUGUAUGUAAGCUAUAUAAAGAAUGAUGGUACACAAGUUAAAGUUCCAUUAGACAACAACUGUUACUUAAACUUAUAUGGAGAUGAACAAAAGAAAUAUUUAAGAGUUUAUGAAAUGACAGAUAUGACAUUGCCUCGCACAGCUCCAGUACCAUAUUAUUAUGACUAUGGAGAUGACGUCAGAACACCACAUGUAGAUGAACAAAA